AUGAUACGAACCUGUGCUCGAGUGACGACUCGCUCGUCUGCGUAUAGAACCACGCCAUACAUAAUCUCACCAAUAUACGCGACUCGUCAAUUCAGUAGCUCGCAAUGGCGCAAGGAAGACCCGCGCAUCUCCGACUUUGGUCGCGAGAUCAUAGAUGAGUUUGCCGUGAUGCGCGAGAAAUAUGAUACACCUAAACACACCAUUGUCCUUGCCCACGGGCUACUAGGCUUCGAUGAACUACGACUUGCCGGGCAGUUCAUACCGGGCAUACAUUACUGGCGCGGCAUAACAGAUGCGUUGGCACACAAAGGCAUCGAAGUCAUCGUGGCUGCAGUUCCGCCUAGUGGAAGCAUCGAGGCGCGGUCUGCAAAACUGGCUGAGAGUAUUGCACUCAAGGCAAAAGGGAAACAGGUCAACAUUAUUGCAGGCCUCGAUUCACGUUACAUGAUUAGCCAACUCCGACCGACUGACUUCAAGAUACUCUCCUUGACCACCAUAGCCACUCCACACAGGGGCUCUGCUUUUGCAGACUACAUGUUUAAGACGAUCGGUCCCCGUCGAAUCAAGCGCGUCUACAGCGUUAUGGAGUAUUUUGGCUUUGAGACUGGCGCUUUCUCACAACUCACACAAGAGUACAUGCAGAACAGCUUUAAUCCUAAGACACCGGACAUACCUGACGUCAAGUACUACUCGUACGGCGCGUCUCUCGAACCGACUCGUUGGUCGGUUUUCGCACCUUCGCAUAGCAUCAUCAAACCGAAAGAGGGUGUGAAUGAUGGGCUGGUCAGCGUCUAUUCCAGUCGAUGGGGCGACUACAAAGGCACUUUGAUCGGUGUAAGCCAUCUCGACCUGAUCAAUUGGACAAACCGUCUCAAGUGGUUCUUCUGGGAACUUACGGGUAGCAAGCGCAAGUAUGAAGUCAUCAUUCCUGGUCUAGGUCAAGUCAAAGCUGAUGCUGUAUAG